UCGCUAAUCGAGCUCUUCGUGAACAGACUGGACUCGGUUGAAUCGGUUCUGCCAUACGAGUAUGAUGCUUUUGACUUCUGUCAAGAUACGGAAGAGAAAAGACCAUCAGAAAAUCUGGGACAAGUGCUGUUUGGGGAGAGAAUAGCAUCUUCUCCAUAUAAGUUCACUUUUAAAAAGCAAGAAACAUGCAAGAAGGUUUGCACAAGAUCAUAUGACCCAGGAAACAGUGCCGAUAAAAGCAAACUGGCUUUUUUGAAGAAAGGAAUGCAGCUGAAUUAUCAGCAUCACUGGAUUAUCGAUAACAUGCCUGUAACGUGGUGCUAUGAUGUGGAAGAUGGACAAAAAUACUGUAAUCCAGGAUUUCCAAUAGGAUGUUUUGUUACUCCAGAUGGUAGAGUUAAAGAUGCUUGUGUUAUAAAUUCAGAGUUUAACAAGAAGAACACUUUCUACCUCUUCAACCACGUUGACAUAACAAUCAUGUACCACAGUGGGAAGGAUGAAAACUGGCCUGGUGCAAGACUGGUGAUGGCAAGGCUGAGACCACAAAGCUACAAACAUACAGAUGAGAACAACUUAAGUUGCGAAGGUCCACCUAUGGAGAUUCCUGGAGAAUUCACCAAUAAACUGAAUUUGAUCUACACUUACUCUGUGACAUUUGAGGAAAAGAAUAAUAUUAAGUGGGCUUCCAGAUGGGACUACAUUUUGGAGUCCAUGCCACAUACAAACAUCCAGUGGUUUAGUAUCAUGAAUUCCCUCGUCAUUGUUCUCUUCUUAUCUGGCAUGGUGGCUAUGAUCAUUCUGAGGACUCUCCAUAAAGACAUUGCAAGAUACAACCAGAUUGACUCUUCUGAGGAUGCCCAAGAGGAAUUUGGCUGGAAGCUGGUUCAUGGAGAUGUGUUUAGACCUCCAAGGAAGGGAAUGUUGCUGUCUGUCUUUUUGGGCCAAGGAACACAAAUUUUCAUUAUGACAUUUAUUACUUUAUUCCUAGCUUGCCUUGGUUUUCUUUCUCCUGCCAACCGUGGUGCUUUGAUGACCUGUGCAGUUGUAUUGUGGGUCUUACUGGGAACUCCAGCUGGUUAUGUGUCUGCUAGAAUGUACAAGACGUUCAGAGGCGAGAAGUGGAAGACAAAUGUUUUGCUCACAGCUCUGCUUUGCCCUGGGAUUGUCUUUGCUGAUUUCUUCAUUAUGAAUCUCAUUCUGUGGGUGAAAGGAUCCUCAGCUGCCAUCCCUUUUGGCACUUUAGUUGCUAUCCUAGCUAUGUGGUUUGGAAUUUCAGUCCCACUAACCUUUGUUGGUGCAUAUUUUGGCUUCAAAGAGAAGCCUAUUGAACAUCCAGUUCGGACAAACCAGAUUCCUCGCCAAAUUCCAGAACAGUCCUUUUUCACAAAGCCUUUGCCUGGUAUCAUAAUGGGUGGCAUCCUGCCAUUUGGCUGUAUUUUUAUUCAACUUUUUUUCAUUCUCAAUAGCAUUUGGUCUCAUCAGAUGUACUACAUGUUUGGUUUCCUGUUCCUAGUUUUUAUAAUUCUUCUGAUUACAUGCUCUGAGGCUACAGUUUUGCUGUGCUACUUCCAUCUUUGUGCAGAGGAUUAUCAUUGGUGGUGGCGAUCGUUCUUGACCAGCAGCUUUACAGCAGUUUAUCUCUUUAUCUAUGCAGUUCAUUACUUCUUCUCUAAACUCCAGAUAACAGGAACUGCUAGCACCAUUUUAUACUUUGGUUACACGAUGAUCAUGGUCUUGAUUUUUUUCCUUUUCACGG